UCUAGCGCUGCAUUUAUAUUGCAUCUGAAUUUGAAUUCCACCAUUUCAUACUACUGUGUGCUGUUGGCAGGAUCUUCGGCCUGUCUUCCAGUGACGACACGUAGUGGCAACUUGUCAGAUCAACUCUUCUCACCUCGCCUCCAGACCACCUGGGUUUCUUCUUUUUUUUUUUUUGUCUGCGGAAUUCAAUUUCAAGACCGAGGGUUCUUUUUCCGCUUUCAUUCCAGACUGUUUUUUUUCCAAAUCGACAACUUGCAUCCUCACUUAAUCACAACAAUCUCCUUUAUCGCAUACCUAUUUCUUCUAUUCUAGAUACAAUUCAAACACAAUGUCGACGUCAAUGCAUCUCUCGAAGCUCCGGAAGUGGUUUCUUGCCUCUCCGCCGGUCGAGUUUGCCAUCUCCAACCUCAGGGAGCUGUUGAUUGGGGCAUUGAAGCAGGGCCCCAUUCCCCAGCAUGUCGCUUUUGUGAUGGACGGAAACCGGCGGUUCGCUCGGACGCAUGGAAUUGAAACGGUGGAGGGACAUAAUCUGGGCUUCGAGGCGCUGGCGAAGAUUCUCGAAGUAUGUUACAAAAGCGGUGUCAAAGUCGUCACGAUUUACGCCUUCAGCAUUGAGAACUUCAAGCGCUCGAAAUUCGAGGUGGAUGCCCUGAUGGACAUGGCCAAGGUGAAACUGUCUCAGAUGGCGCAACACGGAGAUUUGCUUGAUCGCUACGGGGCAAGAGUUCGCGUUCUUGGCCGCCUGGACAUGCUCAAGCCAGACGUUCUCGCUGCCGUCAACCGAGCCGCGGAAUUGACGAGCCGCAACGGUGAUCGGGUCCUAAAUAUCUGCUUCCCGUACACCUCCAGAGACGAAAUCACGACAGCGAUCCGCGAUACUGUGGCUGAAUACAGCACCCCCGUGAAACGGGCCCAUUCUUCAUCCGUGCCGCGCGCGCCAUUUUCACAGUCUCACAUCGCCCUCAACAUCCAAGCACAAUCACUUCAUGCGAAGGUACAAGAUCCAACGAGCGACAUCGAGUCGGUUUCCGUAGCGUCUACGGCAGAAGACGAGGGCGCCACGUCGAAUCAAGAACCGGAUGAGCUGUACGAGUCGGAGUCUUCCUUCUCCUCGUCAACCACCCUCCACCACCUCGGACACCAAGACGGACAGGCUACGGGGGUCAAGGGACCCCAAUUCAUCUCCCCUGAAGCUAUCACUCGACAGACAUUGACCGACCACAUGUUUACCAAGGACAACCCUCCCCUCGACCUCCUGAUCCGGACGUCGGGAGUGGAGCGUUUAAGCGAUUUCAUGCUCUGGCAGACUCACGAGGAUACCGAGAUUGUCUUCUUGGAUGUCUUGUGGCCGGAAUUUGAUCUCUGGCACUUCCUCCCCGUGCUUCUCGGCUGGCAACGAAGGAUAUCCAAGAUGAAGAAGAACCCCGAAGCAGAGGGCAACUUUGACGGCGACGUGCUCGAUUCCUACAAUGACAACGCGGAUGGCUAUAUGCCCUCUGAGGCAGCCAAACCGAAGGCUAUAUAAUUGAUUCCAUAGACCAGAAUACCUGUGUUAUUAUACAUUAUCUGCAUUGUUACCGGGGAGUUGGGAGUUGGCUGGAUUCUGCUACCCACAAAAUGAACUUAUUUCUUUCUCCUAUGUAGUACCUUACCUUGUAACUAU